AUGAACGCCUCAAAAGAGAAGAAAACCAAAAAGAAAGAUCUUUUCACCUCGGAGUUGUCGCCUACUGACACGAAAAGAUAUUUGCGGCAGCUUGUGUUAGAUGAAUGCACGCCAAAGAACCAGAAGAAGUUGUUCGCCACGCGUAUUUUGGUGGUGGGGCUCGGCGGCUUGGGCAUUCCCGUGUGCCUGUACCUGGUGGGAAGCGGAGUUAAACAUAUUGGCAUUGCGGAUGGCGACAAAAUAGAGAUGACAAACCUGCACAGGCAGGUGAUUUACAACGAGGAAGACAUCGGGAAAAGUAAGGUUUCGGUGAUGAAAGACAAACUGCUGAAAAUGAAUACAGAGCUGACCGUGAAGACACAUAACGAGUUUGUAAUAAAGGAUAACGUACAGAUGGUGAAUGAGUACGACAUUAUAGUGGACUGCAGCGACAAUAUAAGCACAAGAUACCUGCUGAACGAUAAUACGAGGGAUAAACAGUUUGUGUGCGCAUCGGUUUUGAGAUGGAACGGUGAGAUAUAUCUGUUUAGUAAGAACGAUGCGUGUUAUAGGUGCCUGUAUCCGAUACCGAAGAGCAACCCGGAGAGUUGCAACGAAUCCGGAAUUGUGGGUGGCAUCUGUGGGGUAAUAGGAUCGUUGUUGAGUGUGGAAAUCAUCAAAAUGAUAUUUUUUGAGACAAGGAGCAAGCUGCUCAUCUACGAUGGAAAAGAAGGUGAGAUAAAGAAUGUAAAGUUGAGGGAAAAACAGAAUACAUGUCUGGCAUGUAACAAAAAGGCCAUAUCCACCAAUAUAACACUGAACUAUAAGCAGCUGGUCAGGGUAGACGAGAAAUACAAAAUUUCGUGGAACAAAUACUUUGAUAAUACGAGCAAGUAUGAUUUGAUCGAUGUGCGUAAAGAAAAGAUGUUCGUGUUGGCGCAUGUAAAGGGAUCGCGAAACAUUCCAAUCGAUUCGUUCAACUUGGACAAGCUGACAAAGAAGAUGCCUCUUGUUGUAUGCGCUAAGGGAAUCUCUGCUCAGGCGGUGGCAAGAACAUUGUUAGACAACAAUAUUGACUGCCGAGUGGUUAAAGACGGGCUAGUUAGCUUCAAGCGAGAUAUUGAUCCGGAUUUUCCGCUAUAAAUAAACAUUUUUCGGGUAA